GAUUUAUAUUUGGCAACACUGCUUCUGAAUCUGUCUCUUUUCGGCGUAGACUUUCGGCCCGCGUAGUGAUCUGAAGGAAAUCUACAAAGUUCGGGCCUACUAAAUUAAACUUCAAAAUGGUAAACUUCACUGUUGACGAGAUCCGGCAUCUGAUGAACCGGAAGAAGAACAUCAGAAACAUGUCUGUAAUAGCUCACGUUGAUCACGGAAAGUCAACCCUAACUGAUUCCUUGGUAUCAAAAGCUGGUAUUAUUGCUGCAGCAAAAGCUGGGGAAAUGAGAUUCACAGAUACUAGGAAAGAUGAGCAAGAACGUUGCAUUACCAUCAAGUCUACUGCCAUUUCUAUGUAUUUUGAGCUUGCUGAAAAAGACAUGGUAUUUAUUAAGGAUGAACACCAGAAAGAAAAAGAUAUUAGAGGUUUCUUAAUUAACUUGAUUGAUUCUCCUGGACACGUUGACUUUUCCUCUGAAGUUACAGCAGCCUUACGAGUAACAGAUGGCGCCCUUGUCGUCGUAGACUGCGUUAGUGGUGUUUGUGUGCAGACUGAAACGGUACUCAGACAAGCCAUAGCUGAACGUAUUAAGCCUGUUUUGUUCAUGAAUAAAAUGGAUCUGGCCUUGCUAACCUUGCAGUUGGAACAAGAAGACAUGUACCAAGCUUUCCAGCGUAUUGUUGAGAACGUUAACGUAAUUAUUGCUACAUAUUCAGAUGAAACUGGACCAAUGGGUGAUAUUAAUGUGGAACCAUCUAAAGGAAAUGUUGGCUUCGGUUCUGGAUUGCAUGGCUGGGCAUUUACUCUAAAACAGUUUGCAGAGUUAUAUGCUGAGAAAUUUAAAAUUGAUGUUGACAAACUAAUGUCUCGAUUAUGGGGUGAAAAUUUCUACAAUCCUGCCACCAAAAAAUGGGCCAAGAAACCUGAAGAAGGUUACAAACGUGCUUUCGUCAUGUUUGUUUUGGAACCUAUUUAUAAGGUAUUUGAUGCCAUUAUGAAUUAUAAAAAAGAAGAAACAACAAAACUCCUUGAAAAGCUGAACAUUGUGCUAAAAGGUGACGACAAAGAGAAAGAUGGUAAAAAUUUGUUGAAGGUUGUCAUGAGAACUUGGCUUCCUGCUGGGGAUGCUUUACUUCAGAUGAUAGCCAUCCAUCUUCCAUCACCUGUAACUGCUCAGAAAUACAGAAUGGAAAUGUUGUACGAAGGUCCUCAUGACGAUGAUGCUGCCGUAGCUAUUAAGAACUGUGAUCCAAAUGGACCUCUCAUGAUGUACGUGUCUAAGAUGGUACCAACAUCUGAUAAGGGUAGAUUUUAUGCCUUUGGACGUGUGUUUUCUGGAACAGUAUCAUCUGGCCAAAAAGUCAGAAUCAUGGGACCAAAUUAUACCCCAGGCAAAAAGGAAGAUCUUGCUGAAAAAGCCAUCCAAAGAACUGUUCUCAUGAUGGGCCGUUACGUUGAACCAAUUGAAGAUGUCCCUUGUGGUAACAUUUGUGGAUUAGUAGGUGUUGAUCAGUUUUUGGUCAAAACCGGUACCAUUACAACCUUCAAAGAAGCCCACAACAUGAGAGUCAUGAAAUUCUCUGUAAGCCCUGUUGUCAGAGUUGCAGUUGAACCCAUGCAUCCUUCUGAUCUGCCAAAAUUGGUUGAAGGCUUGAAGCGUCUAGCAAAGUCGGAUCCUAUGGUGCAGUGCAUCAUUGAAGAGUCUGGUGAACACAUUGUUGCUGGUGCUGGGGAACUUCACUUGGAAAUUUGUUUGAAAGAUUUGGAAGAAGAUCAUGCUUGCAUUCCACUUAAAAAAACUGAUCCUGUUGUAUCCUAUAGAGAAAGUGUUUGUGAAGAGUCUGGAAUAAUGUGCUUAUCUAAAUCUCCGAACAAACACAACAGAUUGUACAUGAAAGCAAUGCCUAUGCCUGAUGGUCUGGCUGAAGAUAUCGACAAGGGUUCUGUGAAUCCUAAAGAUGAUUUCAAGGCUCGUGCUAGGUACCUAGCUGAAAAGUAUGAAUGGGAUGCUACUGAAGCAAGGAAGAUCUGGUGCUUUGGUCCUGAAGGAACUGGUCCUAAUCUUUUGAUAGAUGUUACAAAAGGUGUACAAUAUCUAAAUGAAAUAAAAGACAGUGUUAUUGCUGGCUUCCAAUGGGCAACUAAAGAAAGUGUGCUAUGUGAAGAAAAUAUGCGUGGUGUGAGGUUCAAUAUUUAUGAUGUAACAUUGCACGCUGAUGCUAUACAUAGGGGUGGUGGACAAAUUAUCCCCACUGCCAGAAGAUGUUUCUAUGCAUGUGUCCUAACAGCUCAGCCACGUGUAAUGGAGCCUGUAUAUCUUGUAGAAAUCCAGUGUCCUGAAGGAGCUGUUGGUGGUAUUUAUGGUGUAUUAAAUAGAAGAAGAGGUCAUGUUUUUGAAGAAUCCCAGGUUGCAGGAACACCUAUGUUUGUCGUCAAGGCUUACCUACCUGUAAAUGAAUCAUUUGGUUUUACUGCUGAUUUGCGAUCACAUACCGGUGGACAAGCUUUCCCUCAAUGUGUGUUUGAUCAUUGGCAAAUUCUACCAGGUGAUCCAUUGGAUGGAAAGUCCAGGCCUCAUCAAAUUAUUAUGGACACAAGAAAACGCAAAGGACUUAAGGAGUCUCUACCAGAUCUUGACCAAUAUCUAGAUAAAUUAUAAAAAGGGACUAAUUUAAGAACUUAAAAAAAAAAAAGAAAAAAUACUAGACAGCUGAUAUUUGUAAAUGUGAAUGGAAUAUUGAAUUGAAUAAACUGCUGGCUAGAUA